UGGCCCUUAUUUUUCCAGCAGAUAUUAUAUUUAAAAUGAUUAUGCCUAUUGCUUUUAAGCUGUGCACAGAUAAUGUAGCAUAAGUACGAAAAGUAGCAUCAUCAAAAAUAUUUUCAUUUUUUGAAGGAAUAAAGAAUUCAGCUUUGUCAGAAUAAUAUAAGAUUUGUAUUAUUGAGAGUAUGAUUGGUUUUUAAAAGUCAUCAGUAUUCUAUCAAAGAUAAUCGUAAAUAUCUAUAUAUAUGUUAGAUUUGUUUAAAUGUGCUAAAAGAUAAUGAAUUUAGCAGAUGACAUAUUUGAAUAGUAUCUUUUAUUACCAUUGUUAGAAUUAGCUUAAGACAAAGUUUAAAGUGUUAAAUACAUGUUAUAUAUGACUUUAGAUAAUCAUUUUAAAAAUUAAGGUAUUUAAUUUAGUUUAAUAUGAAUAGGAAGACUAUCAAAAAAUUAACAAUUAAAAGAUGUAUAUAAUUAAUUAUAAAACGACAAAGCAAUUAAAUCUCUUGUAAAAUAUACACCUACUCUGGAAACUCAAGUUUAAUAUCAAGAGUUUUAAUAAUAAGAUAAUUAAAUUUCUGUUUAGGAAUCUAAUCUCAAUAAGGAACCUUAGUUAGAAGAAAUUGAAGAUGAUGAAAUACCAUAAAGAUAAGUAUAAUAAGAACCAGAAAUCUUAAAACAAUUGAAAGAAGAAAAAUUAUAAUUUAUCUAAAAAUAAGAAGAAAAGCCAUAAGAAUUACAAAUAAAUUAAUCUGAUGUUAAAACAAUUGAAUAAGUUUAAGAGUUAUCUUUGAAUGAAAAAUCAGAAGUAAAUCUUACAACUGAUUAAACUACUACUGAGUUAAUUUAAAAUACUUAAUUAGAAUCUAAUAAUUAAAAUGAUGAUUCUCAAGAAUUAUAAAAGUUUGAACAAUUAUAAGGUCAAGGGGAAUAAUAGUAAAAAUAGAAUGAAGGAUUAUAAUUGAAUGAAGAAUAUUAAUAAGGAUCAUAAAAUGAUUAAAAAGAAUUAAAUACUGAAUAAGAUGCUUAAUGA